AUGGUCAGAAGAAACCCUAAGAUGAAUUCAGAAGAUGAUUCACUUGCCAACCUUGAUUGUAAUCUCAUUCCAGAAGAAGAAGAAGAUGAUUCACUUGCUACUCUUUAUUGUAAUCUCAUUCCAGUGAUGCUAUGUGUCUGGAAUUCUCUAAUAUCUAUUCAUAAAUUCGCCAGAAAACACUUGAAGCUGUCAACAACAAACCCUAACCCUAACAACAUGAUCAUCAUGGAUUCACUUCCCACUCUUCCUUUUGAUCUCAUAACUGAGAUACUCUCUAGGCUACCCGUCAAAAUGCUCGUUCGAUUCCGAUGCGUCUGCAAGUCCUGGAAUUCACUUAUAUCCGAUCACAAAUUUUCUACAAACCACUUUAAGCUAUCAACCAAGCAGAACCUCCAUUUCAUAAGCUAUCAUAAGCCUUCACAGAGGCAUGUUUUAAAGUCUUACCCACUCCAAUCCGUUUUCACAGACCUAACUAGUAAUUUCACUCAGCUUGCCUUUCCAUUUAACUCUCCUUCUGAUAAAACUUUACAUUACAUUGUUGGCUCGUGUCACGGAAUCCUUUGUCUUGCCCAUACUAGUAACUCUUCUGUUGUAUUGUGGAACCCUUCUAUUAGAAAAUUCAAAGAAUUGCCUUCUUUUGAAAACCCGCAAGUGAUGGCUCAAAAUGUAACUCGAGCGAUAAAGUAUGGCUUCGGCUACGAUCAUGUUUCUCAUAAUUACAAAGUGGUUGUUCUUUACAACAGUCGUACCCAUUUGCGCACAACUAAAAUUAACGUUUAUACUUUGAGUACCAAUUCUUGGAGAAACGUUCGGAUAUUUCCUUUUUCUUCUGACUUUAGCGAUGAUCAACACGGGAUAUAUUUAAGCGGUACAAUUAAUUGGUUGGCCUAUCCUAACUGCUGUUGUUCAUAUUUUAUUGUUUCUUUUGAUUUAGGUGAGGAGUCUUAUGAAAAGAUUUCUCCUCCUCCUCCUGAUCAUGGAAUGAAAGCUGUGUGGGGGGCGAAAUUGUGUGUCUUGAAGGAUUGCUUGUGCAUAGUUUCUUACUAUGAUGUUUGGGUAAUGAAAGAGUAUGGAGUUAAAGAGUCUUGGACUAGAUUGGUCAAAGUUCCUAACUUGCUAGAUCAAUGUGUAUCGUCUUGUUUCUUGACCUAUGCAUUGUAUGUUUUUGAAGACGACCAGGUGUUGUUGGAGGAGGGAUUGGAAAAGAAGUUGAUCAUUUACAAUUUUAAGAAUGAUACUUUUAUGGUUACUGCCAUGUUUGAAACCCGUCCAGAAAUCUGCACCGAGAGUUUGAUAUCACCUUGUUCCUAA